AUGCCGAUAAGAGGUCUAGAAGAGGUAAGAAAGCACCCCGGACAGAAUUUUUUUCUAAAAGUCCCGCAAAAGGCAUUCAAGAAAAUGAGAAUAUGCAUUGACGGAAAUUGGUUUCUCCGAAAGUACGUCGAUGUACCGAGCAUUUGCAAGGGCUUGGUGCUUGGAACCGAAGAUGCCAUUAAGGAACCUUUGUUAAGACUUUUGGAGUUCAGAGACGAAAACGAAGUGGACUUAAUAUGGGUUUGGGAUGGAAUGGGGUUUAAUAGGCAGCAAGGAGCUUUAUCUGGAAACUCUGAUGCUCUGUUGAAUGAAGGCCUGAGGGAGUACAAACAAGAGAACUAUAGAAAGGCAGGAAAGCUUUGGAGAAAUUUUAUCACACAAAAGAACGAGAUGGAUAUAGCUAAUAAAAUACUUGAGGAGAAUGGGGUAGUGGUUAUCACUGCACCUUAUUCUGCAACAGCCCAAUGUGCAUAUUUUAUGAGUGCCGAGGCAUGCUCAUAUGUGUUUGGAAAGUCGGAUGUCCUUCUAUUUGAUGGUGUUGACAAGAUUAUACUCGACAUGUCGGAUGGAUCUGGAAAGCCAUGUCUGGAUGUAUUCCAUAAGAGCCGAUUCCUCGAAUUUUUUAACCUCAGCCCAAAGAUGUUUGCAGCGCUUGGUCUUCUUCUCGGAUGCGACUUUUGCCCGACUAUGCCAAAGUGUGCUACCGACUUUAGCUUCAAUGCAGUCUUUAGUUUGAUAAAGGAGUCGGAUGACCUUCUGAAGAUGAUCAAAAACACUUGUGAUGAAGGAAGUGGGAAGAAAUACACAGACCAGUUUCUCCGAGGUCUUAUGCUAGUGACAUAUCUUCCGGUGAUGAAGAUCUUGGGAUGCGUGCAACCCUACUCAGAGGAUCAUGUUCCACGGAAUCUGGAGAAACUUGUAGGAGCAAAGCUUGCGCCUGGGUUCUAUGAGUCUUUGUUCAUGAACAGGAUUUCUAGAGACAUACUACAAAUUAUGGGAAAGAUAAAGAACGUAGAUAAGGAUCCUCAAUUUAUAAAGCUGGUAGAAUCUUCAUUAUCAAGAGUGAGAAACGAAGGCCAGAAAGAAAAGGAAUCCGGAAAAGGAUUAGGUUCAGAAGAAUCCUUUGGUCAUGUUAUACAUCCCGACAUGACUUUAACAAAGGAUAUUGACCCAUCUGUUGGAAUUCUUUUAUUGAUGUCAAUUGAAGUGGGAGAGUUGGAAGCACCCUUCGUUCCGAAGAUAUUGUGUUUCCAUAGACAAGUGUCCAACGAAGAGAAACUAAACAUCAACGGCCCAACAUUGAGGUAUUAUGUUAGUGCAAUCAGGCUGUUGAACUGCGCCAAAGAGAUAAAGGAAGUGUACGAAGUGGUUUUGAAUAAGAAUCUUUCGGAAUUGUUUUCCCAAGGCUUGUCCCUUUUUAGUGCUUCCUUCCACGAGGAAUUUGGGUUUUCUGGAGAUGUUGGGGAAAGUAACUACAAAUUUCUUUUGAAUGUUCGAGAUUUUUUGAGGGCGAACGAGAGGCUUUUCUCUAUGAUUCCUGAUAUAGUUAAGGAGAUUGAAUCCACACUUAAUGAGAAAUAA